AGGAGGCGGUUUUAUCAGAUAAAGUCGCGCUAUCGGUCUUGGCAAAUAAGGGAACGCUGACAGUUCGACGAUGACACACAGUUGUUACGAAGGCGUACGUGCCGCGACGGCUAUUUUUUUUCCUUGUUUUUCUUUUUUCUUUUUUUCUUUACACCCCCUUCGCCCCGCGUAUCCGUAAUUUCAGUUUCACCCAACGCGGCUCGCAAGGACGAGAACAGCCAGCCGAGUCAUGGAUAGCCUAUAUCCAAAUCUAUGCGAGAGAUUCAAAAGCGAGGGUCUGUGCCCUAUUUGCCUGAUGGAAAUGGAGCUAGCGCCCAGAUACACAUGCGCCAACCAGCACACUAUUUGUUAUCGUUGCAAACCUUAUUACUACAACUGUCCCACGUGCCACUCGCCAUUAGACAUGGAAAUGCCACCUGCAAACACUUCCUCUUCCUCUCUCCCGCAGCCUACUCACUUCCUACCCCAUCCACUUCCAAGCAAGUUCCACGAUCAACAUCCCGUCCCAUCGAGGAGCGAUUUUCUAGAACACGAAAAAAAUUGGUUCUCCCCUUCUCCGCUCGAAAACCAGGAAUUAAAACCGUGUAUGUACACCCAUCUGGGAUGCUGGGUGAAAGUGCCGAUAUAUUUGGUAGAUCUGCACGAAUCUCGCUGUCAAUUCCGGCCUCAUUUGGAAGAGGAAUACCUUCCCACGGACGUGGUCCACGCCCAAGACGAUUUGACCGAUUGCAUUUAUCGAGACAAGGGUUGUAAAGUGAGAACCCCAGGCUGGAGGGUUACGAUCCACGCGCAGCACUGCAAUUACAAGGAUAGCCUCGACGAGAUCACCGACGCCCUCGAGCAAGCCGCGAUUUCGUGCAUCGAGUACGAAGAGGAUCCCGAAGAAUUGGUCGAAUGCAGGUACAGAAAAUACGGCUGCAUGGUGAACAUGCGUAGAAGGCGGAAACCUUUGCACGAGGCGAAGUGCAACUACCGGAAAUACCACGGGGAGAGCGACGACUCUUCGUCGGAGGGCAAGUACGACCCUGACGAACAGAUUUCGUGCAAGUGGGCCGAGUAUGGUUGCAGAGUGAGGCCGAAAUACAGUCGUUUAGAGACGCACGAACAAAAAUGCAAUUACAGACUGGAGGAAUGCGCUUACAAGGAUAACGGGUGUAUCGCCACUUUUCAACCGUCUAGAAAAUACGCCCACGAGAGAAAUUGCGAAUUCGCUUGUUAAGUUUUUCCAAUAGUGGCAUGUGAUUCCAGAGGAAGAUGUACGCGAGAAUAGGGUUUUUAAAAUGUUAAGGGUAUAGGAAAUAAAAAGAAACCUUUCGAAUUAAUAUACGUGUAUAUGAUAAUUGAAGAAAAUGGGUAUCUUGGGUUUGUAAUUUUUACUUUGAUCGUCAACAUCUUAUUUUUACGAUCAAUAAUUUAUGCACUUAUUACAUUUUGAACGCAAAACAGAAAUUAAACUGAUGAGAUGUCUCUUUGCAUAUUAUAUGUACUCUUUUAAUGAUCAAAAUUUUGUUUCAGCCGUGCAUUUCGUAAUAAACGAUAAAGUGUUCUUAAUCUUCCCACUGAAUCACGAGAAGACGUACAAGCAUACAUGCUAACGUCGUUGGUUAGUAACUUGCAAGUAUCGAUUCUAACCAUAUAUUGUUCCAGAAGACAGUUCAAGCACAUUGAAUACCUGGCUAUUAAUUACGUUACCAUCGAUUAAGUUAGCUUAGAGAAAGAGAGUUUAAUUCACGUGAAUAUAAUUUAAAUAUUAAAACAGGGAGAAUUCAAACAUCGAAGAUAUAUAAGAAAGUUUAAAAUAAUAAUUAAAAUUUGUUCACAAAGAUUUUUCACAAAACGAAAGCAAUGCCACGUAUCACAAAGAUUGAUAGCAAAAUAAUCAAUUAAACAAACUUAUCACCUCGAUUUGUAACAGUUGCUUUGAAGAAUCACAAGAUUAUAAGAAAAGAUUUAAUUUCCAUUUCCUUAAUUGUGCUCAUCAGAAAUUUGAUUUUCCAUAAACAUUCAUUAAAUGAAAAAUUUUUAUCUCUCCAUUCCAUUAUUCACUUUCCACUCUAUUUCACCCACCCUCUUUUCCUAUCAUUGCCUCUCCCUAUCAUGGAUACGAUAAUGAAACUUACACUACUGUUCGAGGGAUGAUCGAGGGCAUGAUCGCCCAGAAUGAGGGAAUGAUGGGCAUGGCUGGGACAUCGAACACCUGGAAGCUAAUGGUGUGCAGCCUCCCAUCGUGUUGUUUCGUGGCGAUGCAACGCAGACAGGAGCGUUUAUAGGGACCAUUUAUAAGGGCACUGAAAAACCUUGGGAGGAGAAUUGUCUUGAACGUGGUUACAGCACAUCGUGUCGCUGAGAAAUAUACUUUGGAAGAGUGUUAUAAUAUAUUGCGUUGCGCGCGUUUAUAUCCAUCGUUUUGCCGUAUAAGUUAACAGGUUGAUCGCAAUAAGGGGCGUGCCAAAAACGAAAGAAAAUUGGAUUUUCAAAUAAGAAUUUCUUCUUCUUUUCUUUUUUUGUUCUUUCACGAUGACGAUGAAAGAAGAAUCGUCGAAGACGAGAUGUUGUCUAUUCAAGUUUGUUUUUCUUACGCUAGAUUGUUUGGAGAAUUAAUUGAUGUUCUUGGAAUAGGUUGUUUGAAGGGAAGAAAGUAAUUCGAUAAUGGAUUAUCUUUGUAUUAAUAAAACGAAGGUUACAAUAAUGUCUUUACCAUCGAUAAAUAUUACUUGCUAAUUAAUUACUAAUAAAUAAAUAACCGAAAUAUACAAUUUCUUUUUGUACUUUUGAAAUUAUAUUAUUUUUCUAAUAAAUUUAAACCAGAGACAGUUUCAUAAAAACAAAAA